GACGUUGCAGAGUGCGACGGCGCCGCGUGUGUCGCGUAGCAGCGGGGACGCAGCGGCGUAGCAAUGGCGGAGGCGGCGGAGCAGCCCCGGGAUGAGGCCCCGCUUGAGGCCGGCGCUGAGGAGGCCGUGAAGAUCAUCUGCUUGGGCGACAGCGCCGUCGGCAAGUCUAAGCUGCUCGAGAGGUUCCUGCUCGACGGAUUCCGCCCCCAGCAGCUCUCCACCUUCGCCCUGACGCUGUACCAACACCGAGCGCGAGUGGACGGGAAGGCCGUGCUCGUGGGUAAGUGCGGAGCCCGGGGUCGGCUCUGUCUGAAGGCGGGACGGCCGCGGUGCUGCUGGGACGCAAAGCGCCGCGCGGGGCUUCCCGGCGGUGGGCAGGGGGUGCCGCACAGCGGUGUGUGUGGGCAGCGACAUGGAGGAAUGAAGAGCAGCAUCGCAGAGCCGUGGUGGUUUCACAGCCGGGCUGUGGCGUGCCGUUUGCUCUCCCCCCUCAAAAGAACAGGGGGGGGGGGGAAACAAGAUUUCUGGGACACAGCUGGACAAGAGAGGUUUCAGAGCAUGCAUGCCUCCUAUUACCACAAAGCUCACGCUUGUAUCAUGGUGUUUGAUGUGCAGCGGAAAGUCACCUACAAGAACUUGAACAACUGGUACAAGGAGCUGAGGGAAUUUCGCCCAGAGAUCCCUUGCAUUGUGGUGGCCAAUAAAAUUGAUGCGGAUAUGAAGGUGACCCAGAAAAGCUUCAACUUCGCUCGGAAGUUCAGUUUGCCCUUUUACUUUGUAUCUGCUGCAGAUGGCACCAAUGUAGUGAAGCUCUUCAAUGAUGCUAUCAAGCUGGCAGUUACUUACAAACAGAAUUCAGGAGACUUCAUGGAUGAGGUCAUGCAAGAACUGGAGAGCUUUGACCUGGAGAAGAAGAGUGAGAAUUUGUCGGAUCAGGAGGAGAGCUACCCUGAAGAAAAACCCCCGUCCUCCUAAGGACCACACUUGGAGUCCAUCUUUUCUCUCUGCUCCAGUUGUCAGGGGCUACUCAGAGCUCACCUCCACAGAGAAAAGCGAUUUUUCUCAUGCCCUGAGAUCUCUGGUGAUGGGGAGACCAGACACGCCCUCCCUUGGCUGGGCCCUAACUCCCUGUACGUCACAGUCAAGGCAGCAGUGGAAGUAUCCUUGUGCUUCUUCAAGACAAAACUUGCUGGGAGAGCUGAACCACUCCUGUACCUGCAGGGAAAGGCCCUGCCCAGAGACUUUAGUAGUACCUACUGGAGAAAACAAUUACUAAAGACUUUUUUUCUUUUUUUAUUUUAAGAAAGGUUUGAGUUUGGGUUC